AUGGAGAAUCCGAGCCUUCCACUCCGUAUGUUUGCAGACCGGGAAGAACCUGUUGGUGAUCGUGUUAAUUGCUAUUUCAAGUUUAACUUCAACCCGAAGAGCUUGCUGUGUAGCCCAAUUCCUCAAAUUAAUCGGUUUACUCUAACUAGUAAACCUGAAGUGACGCCUUAUUGGUUCACGCUUUUUGGUGGGGAAAAGCUUGCUUCUCUGCUUAGGAAGUCCAAGAAUCUGUCUUCUGAACUGCGGGUUAAGUAUGCGUGUUUGCUUCUUGUUGAUGGUCUUCUUUGCCGUCGUUCUUCUCACAUGAAGAUUCCUAAAGAGCAUGCUGAGAUGAUUCGCAACCUUGAUUUCUUUCUGAACUAUCUCUGGGGUCGCCACUCAUUUGAUAUGACAAUGCAGUGUAUUAAAUCCCGGUUUGUCACACAGUUAGCCCAGUCUACUGUUGCUGUCCAAGGUUUUAUGCAUACGUUGCAACUUCUAGUGCUGGAAGCUGUCCCUGCUGCAUCUCUCGUUGUUGAUGUUAUUUCCAUAAUCCCAACUCCUCGAGGCGAAGAUAGCGAGAUAGAAGAUUAUAGCUGGGCUGCUGAAGGUGAUGAUAGUUCUGUUGCACACAUGGAGAACCUAAUUAAUGAUGGUUUUGUUUUCUCCCGUCACAUGUUUGAAGGUGGGCAAAUUGGAUAUGGAGGCUCUGCUGCUCCAAAAAGUAAGAAUCCUGGUAAAGCCAAGCGGAAAGGGAAAUCUAAAUCAAGUUUGGAUGAUAGUGAAUUGGUUGGAUCGUCUACAACCAAGGAGGCACGGCUACACCGUUCUCGUGAUCGAGUUGUUUCCUCUAAUUUCAAAUUCAAAAUUCUGCAGGCUGUAACUGUUCAGAUUAAGACUACAGUGUCUGAGUGUAAAACCAUGAUUGCCAAUAGUGUCCGUUCUGAUUUUGAGCAUGUUGAGACCCGCCUUGAUAACAAAUUGGAGAAUGUUGUCCCUGUGCUGGUCAGGCAAUGUUUGAAAUCCAAGGAUUAUGAUGAAGUUAUUACAGAUGUAUUGAAAAAUCUCUGUCCUUCUGAUGGUCUUUUUGAUGAACCUGGAGAAAAUGUUCCUGAAGGUACUGCUAACUCUGCGGGUGAAGAUGUAUCUUUAGGGGGACCUAAUCAAUCAGGUCCUGGUGUUUCUGAGACAGUGCCGGUUCAGAAUUCUACUGGUGAUGCUGAGGUGAACGUUGUUGAUGUCCUUCUCUCAUUGGCAACUAACCCCAAAUUCAUUGCCAUCUGCCAGAGAACUAAACCAACGAGGGAACUUGAUUUUGGUGCUGGUCAUUAUUUGAAGGAUGCUGAUCUCAUAGCCAUUCCGAUAUCUAUUGAUCCAUGCCGUCCAGAUGUGAUGGACUCAUGUGUGAUGGUUAUGAGGGAUUUAUUUUUGAGUGGUCCCAAUUUGGCUUCUAAUGUUAGAGCUGACAUCCUACCUUGUGGCUUUGUGGUGGCUCUUGCGAAGCAGUUUUCUAAAUUCAAGAAGAUCUCUCGUAAAGAUUCUUUUGAGUUUGAUCCAAAUUUUGUUGAUGCUAUGCGUAGCUCUCGGUUGAUGCCAGAGCUUGACUUUAUUUGUGAGAUGUUCCCGUAUGUUGUACGUAAGAGUGGUGUCAAUAAUGGCAUGAAGAACUUCUCUACCAAAGUGAUCUCGUUCAAAAGGGAUACGUCUGUUGUGCAAGCGCCUUCUCGAGCUGAUACUGGUAUAUUGUCUCUUCUAUUUAUUGAGGCUCAUGUUUUAGGUGGAAUUGACAAGGUAUACGAAGUCAAGACUGCGACUCUCCAGGAGCGGGCGGACCAACUUGUUGUUGACAUGUAUGAGCAUUGCUGUGGUGAUAUUGAUCUUAGUGACAAUUAG